UUCCUUUCAACCAGAAUAUAAUAGUAGGCCGUUGGGCGUCAGUGGUUCUGUCUAUUUUAAACUUUCCUCUUAUUCUAAUUAAAUAUUUGCAACCAUGUCUGCUUUAACCACAUUGGAAAUUAAUGGUGAAGCAGUCCCUAUUAAGUGCCUCCAAAUUGAUCCCGUUAACGAUGAAUAUAGAUUUUACUUGAUGGAACGCCAGGCAGAAAAAUCUAGGCAAUCAGUGGCACCAGUUGGUUACGACCCUGUGCUUAACUCAGAUGUAGAAGACCUAGGGGGAUGCUUGGGCAUGUCUUACGAUCCCACAGAGCCUGACGACAUAGAAUUUUACUCUGACGACGACGAGAGUAUCGCCGAUUCUGAAGACGAUCUUCAUGACUCGGAAAAUUGUAAUGAAAUUGAUUGUGAUUAUACAAGAUGCAGCAAGGAUUUUCAUAAUAGAAUCGUCCUAAAUCACGCUCGCGGUCUGCUGAGCUACACACUACAAUAUCGAAAUGAUCUCAAAGGACUAGUAAAUAAACAAAAAUCUCUUCUUUAAUGAACAACCUCCCCUCCCCCCUCCCCAAAAAAAAAAAAAAAAAUAUAUAUAUAUAUAUAUGCAAGUCGUGGGCACAUUGGAAGUAGUUUUCCAAGAAGAUGUAAAAUUUUGCAAAAAUUUCGUUUCUGAAUGUAGUUCAUUGUGCAUAUAAAUGUUUUAUGUUCUCCUCAUAGUAAACUGGUUACUCAAAUUAACUGAACUAAAGGCAUAACUUUCUUUUCUCUAUUAAUUUUAAAUAUUUCAUGGCAGCCUCACGUUUUUCACGAAAGCUGAUGGCUUUCAAUUAUGUUGAUGUGCGUAAAAUGUUGUCCUCGUCUUUUAUGUUUUAACAUUUCUUGCAAAUUUUAAUUUGCUGAUUAUUGUUUUUGGUCUUGUAAAACUUUGUGUCGUGGAGCCAUAAUGAAAGUAUUGGCGGCGCAUAUAUUUAUAACAAAAAAAAGACAGAUUUUCUUGUUCUUCUGAAAGAAAAUUAUAUACUUCGCUAAGUAUAAAGAGAUUUAUGCUGCUUGUGCUAUAUUUUUUUAAAUUAAAUGGCAUUAAUAAAAAUAGAUGCUAUAGAAAUAAUAAAAAUAAUCUUAAUGCCUAUUGAA